UAGCAGCACGAGCAAAGCACGAGGCCGUUAUGUGAAUAAGAAAUAAAUAUCGUCUCUAGCCGUGCUAUUGUAUGCAAGAUUGUAUGUACAUUUAUUGCUUGUACUAUAACAAUAAGUCUCCCACAUAACAUACCUAUCACAGUUCUCUAUAUACCGUGCAUAUCACAUCACGCAAGGACACAAGGAUGAAUGAAGAGUCGGUGCGGGAGGAACAGCUGCGUGAGGCGGCCUGCGUCGGAGAUGUGGAGGCGUUGAACAAACUCAUCCAGCAUGGCGUCAACGUUAACUCCAAGAACGCCAUCAAUGGGUGGUCGGCGCUACACUGGGGCUGUAAGCGGGGCCGGUUAGAGGCGGUGCGUCUGCUACUAGCCGCCGGCGCCGACGUCUCUGUCACCAACAGCAGCGGUCAGCAGCCGGCGGAGCUGACCAAGAACCGACCGAUUCUGCAGCUCCUGGGAGUGGAGCCCACAGAGGGGGAGUCUCCGCCGGACGUCUCCCCAGCCGCCGGCACCCCCUCCUUCCAGCCCUCCUACCUGACCUACCCGGCGUUCAGCGUCGACCUGACGCCCAGCCGGCUUCCCAACGGCGACAGUGGCGCCGCCGGUGAGCCGACGCCAGCGCCGCCAAACGGCAGCCUGGAGAGACCACCCGCCGAGCCGGCUGCGCCCGCUGCGGUACCGGUGGUUCCCGUGACACCGGCGGUAACAGGACUGGUGUGCUGCUCCUGCCGCGACCGGCAGAGGCCCGUCAAGGGCGCUAUCCCUGACGACGAGCUGGUGCUGAAGGUGCGCGUGGCCGGAGUGCCCGCGGAGGCCGACUUUGUGGAGCUGCAGCUGCCGCUCUCCGAACUGACCUUUGACCGGCUGCUCAGGGAGUGCUGCCGAGAACUCAACAUUGACGGACAGGUGAUCGACAGAGUGAGGAAGCUGCCCAACACGCUGGUACGACGUGACAGCGACGUGCGCCGCCUCACCGACUACCAGGAGCUGGAGCUGGUGGUGCGGGGCACUCGGCCGGCCCCGGCCCCCGCCGCCGCCCCCGCCACCCACUCGGCGCCGGCCGGGCCCUUCUCCAGACCCAUCGUCUACUAGGCGGCGGGCGGUGGGAGGAAGCAGAGCUCAGGUCAGCCAGUCGUAACACAGCUCUCUGCCCAGCGCGGCGCUGGGGUACCAUAUGAGUGAACUGCGCUCUGUAGAACUUUCGACGGUGCUUCAGUCUUCACGGGUCUGCCUUUGUACGUUGAUGCAUUCUGCGGUAGAGACGCUAGUCUAUUGUCUUCGCAUCGUUCUGCUAUGCUAUUCGCUUGCAUGAGCCGAACGCUGAAGACAUUCGGUUUGCAGCGCAUUCUAGUGGGACUUGGGACUUGUGUUGGUCCGUUCUACAUCUUACUGUUCGUUGAAUGGUCAGCCGAUAAUGAAAUCAAUCGUAGACGCACCGCAAGUAACAUCAGAUACAAAAGCAAGAAUGCUGCUCACGGACAUGCUCAGCUGUAUUGAGCUAUGGUCAUAAAUCAUUUUUUUUAUAGCGGGCAUUUAUUUACAUUGCUCAUCACCGGUAAACAUGGAAUAUGCAGAAAGCGUGUCUAGCUGCGGCACAUCGGAACCAUGGAUGAAAACCAUGACAUCUCUCAGAUGUGUUAAAACUAAUUUCAUAUGACCCUGUGGGCCACCGUGCCGUUGAAUUGUCUUUUUUUUCGACUUGUGCUACGAUCACGAUAUGGCCGACUGUUUUGGACGAAGUAUUAGAUGACCAUCUCGCGCGCUCGAUGUGAUGUGCCCUGUGUCUGCUGUGCCUCUGUGUUAUCGCCGGCCUCAGUCCGCUGGUACACUCGGGGGCAGAUU